UAAGAGGCCUGAAAUCAAAAUGUACACAGACUCUAUUAUCACAACCAUUCUCUCCUCUGCUUCUUCUAAACACUUUCAGUGGUAAUGGCAACAUCAUCAGGAUUAUUGUUGUUAGGAAACACUUGCUCCAAUAUAUACUUCCGUAAGACUCAGUUCUCAAAGUUAUCCACUUCAAAGACCAGUGAUGCGGUUUCUGAAUUAGGGUUUGUUACUUCUCAAUUGAGCGGCAUUAGAAUUUCCAAUGACCUACCACAGAGGGCAAACCCCUUUUCCUCUCCGGCAAUUCAACCUGUCGUCGCCCGUAGAGUGUGUCCAUUUACUGGGAAGAAAGCAAACAGGGCAAACAAAGUUUCAUUUUCAAACCACAAGACAAAGAAGUUGCAGUUUGUGAAUUUGCAGUACAAGAAAGUUUGGUGGGAAGCUGGUAAUCGAUAUGUGAAACUAAGAUUAUCAACCAAGGCAUUGAAGACCAUAGAGAAGAAUGGACUAGAUGCUGUUGCUAAGAAGGCUGGCAUCGAUCUUAGCAAGAAGUAAUAAAUAAAAAAUGUCCGCAAUUUUUAGCUUUUUGUUGCUCUGAAUUGUCCUUUUCUCUUGGUACGUUGUGUUAUUCUAUUAAAUUGUGCAAUAUAUCGUUGGUUACGCAUCCUGCAAAUUUUCUGAA